AAAAUUCCGAUACAGUAUUUUGGAAAAGUUCAGAGUGAGCUCGUUCCGUGAGUUGUUCAUACGUGGCAUCAAGUAUCGCGCGAGUGAUAAAUUAAACGUUGAUUUCGGUCAGUGAUAUGCCGAUAAUUCGGGAGUUUUAAGUGAUAAGAAGUCCCAACGUUUCUGUGCUGGCUGGCUCGGGGAAUAGAUAUUAAAAAGAAUCCCCCCAGUAAAGGAGCAACAUAUCAAAAGGAAAAACUUGUAUAAAAGCACAACGAGGAACCACUGCCAGUCACAGUUCGGAACUAGCACGGAUUUUGUGAGGAAGCACUGGAGCCCCCAUCCCGUUGUGAACUGUAAGUGAAUUGUCGGCGGUUUUCCAACCAAAAAAAAAGAAACCCAGCGGAAUACUUUUCGACAGUUUUGUGAAGCGGUGAGUGAAAGAAACGCACCGAAAAAAAGUGUUUCAAAAGCGUUGUGCGUUCAAAAUAGUUCCAAAAGGCGUGUGAAUAACUGCGCACAGGGAGAUAGUGAGCUCCAAUUUUAUCAUCUGAGACUUCCAUCAGCGAUCCCUACUAAAUCAACGAGAGAUAUGGCAUCCCCUUCAUCCUCCUCAGCCGUCUUGAGCCAGCGAGUUCUCUUUGCACUGCUGCUAUGCACCCUGCUGCUGGAUCUGAGUUCCCUCGUCCAGGCCCGACCGCAGGACGAUUCAACCUCGGUGGCAGAAGCGAUUCGAUUCCUACAGGAGCUGGAAACUAAGCACGCCCAACAUGCUAGACCAAGGUUGGCACGCAGUGAAAUGCCCCCCAAUUUUAAUGGCAUUCAUUCGGGACUAGACAAAAUAAUCGGAUAUUUCAUCCUAGAAGCAAUCGAUAGAGCCCAUUCGUCCGAUGCUAGACCAAGAUUUGGCAAGCGAGGGUUCCUCAACCCAGCGGGCUACGGCCAGGACGAACAAGAGCGAAACUAUUACAGGAUGAUUGGCAGAAUUCAGCACUUUCAAGAUGAACAAAACGCUUUGAACUAAACCCCGGAAGGAUGGACUAACGUAACCACUAUAACCCAUGAAACGCUCCUGAUAAUCAGAACAUUGAACCCCGUCGUCAACGAUCAACCCAACAAUGGAUUCGGCACUAAAAAUUUGAAUUUUUAAAUUUGACAAGCCUUUGAAAAAAAGAAAAAAGUUUGGGAUUAAGGUGUAUUAAGAUACAUUACACAACAAUUCAUACAUUGGAGACUUACUAACAAUUCAUCUUAUCAACUUAUUCAUACUUGUAGCAAUUGUUUAGGCGGUGUAAAUAAACAUGCUUUGUAUAUAAAGAUCACAAGCUCCAGCAAUGGUCGAGUAAUUAUAUAAAAUCUUCCACCAAACGAAAAGGGGCAAAUAAACAUUCAUUUAGACAGUUGAGCAAAUAGUUCUCA